CUGUAACCGGCGCGCAGGGCGCAUGCGCGGCCCCCAGGAGGGCGGGGGCCGGCGCCUAGCGGGGAGCGAGCCGCCGCCGCCGCCGCCUGCGGAGCAGCGGUCUCCGCGCAGCGCCCUCGCUCUCUCCCUUCCCUCUCUCCUCGCGGCCCUUCCCCGCCAUGAAGCUGAGCAGCCGCGGCCGGGGAUGCUGCGUGGCCGGCAGCCGGGAGCGCGGGCCGCCGCCGCGGAGCCCCUUCGUGCACCAGCUGCGCUUCAGCCCCCUGGAGAAAACCAAGAUUGCCUUCAUGACCUUGACUCUAUUUCCUAUCCGACUCUUCUUUGCUGCUUUUAUGAUGUUGCUGGCCUGGCCUUUUGCAUUCAUUGCUUCAAUGGGAUGUGAUGAGCAAGAGUUUGAAAAGCCCCUCUCCUGGUGGCGAAAGAUAGUGGACAUCUUGCUGAAAGCUAUCAUGAGAAUGAUGUGGCUUGCUGGUGGAUUCCACUGGAUAAAUGUGAAAGGCAGACGGGCGUUGCCAGCAGAAGCAGCAAUAUUAACUGUGGCUCCCCAUUCUUCUUACUUUGAUGCCAUUCCAGUAACUAUGACCUUCGCCUCCAUUGUGAUGAAAGCAGAAAGCAAAGAUAUUCCUGUUUGGGGAACUCUUAUCAAAUAUAUCCGACCAGUAUUUGUAUCUCGGUCAGACCAGGAUUCUCGCAGGAAAACUGUUGAGGAGAUAAAGAGACGUGCUCAGUCUGGAAAAUGGCCUCAGAUAAUGAUAUUCCCAGAGGGCACAUGCACAAACCGAUCCUGUCUAAUUACAUUCAAGCCUGGAGCAUUUAUUCCUGGAGUUCCUGUACAGCCAGUGGUUUUACGUUACCCAAACAAACUGGACACGAUCACAUGGACGUGGCAAGGUCCAGGAGCGUUAGAAAUUCUAUGGCUUACUUUGUGUCAGUUUCACAAUUCUGUGGAAAUUGAGUUUCUUCCUGUGUAUAUUCCUUCAGAAGAAGAAAGAAAAAAUCCAGUGUUAUAUGCCAAUAACGUCAGACGUGUAAUGGCGGAAGCUUUGGGAGUUCCAGUGACAGACUAUACAUUUGAAGACUGUCAGCUAGCUUUGGCUGAAGGACAACUUCGUCUGCCUUCAGACACGUGUCUUCUAGAAUUUGCAAAGCUUGUGAGAAACCUUGGGCUGAAACCAGAAACACUUGAGGAUGAUCUUGAUAAAUAUGCUACGCGUGCUAUGAAAAUGAAAAAAGAGAAGGCUGAUCUUAAAGAAUUUUCAGAGUAUUUGGAAUUUCCAGUUUCGCACACAUUAGAAAGUAUGUUUGCCCUUUUUGAUGAGAAUGAAGAUGGCAUAAUUGACGUUCGAGAAUUUGUCAUUGCUCUGUCAGUUGUCUGUAAGCCAUCCAAAACUCUGGAAACAAUCCAGCUGGCAUUUCAGCUAUACCAGUCAGAAAAUUGUACUAUAACAGAAGAUGAUUUAGCUCAUAUUCUGAAGACUGCAAUGGGUGUCUCACAGAUUAAUGUUACACAUCUUUUUAGGGCUGUAGAUGAAGAAGAAAAAGGAAAGAUUACAUAUGAUGACUUCUACAGAUUUGCUGAAUUGCAGCCACACUUUGCAGAAGACUAUCUCUAUCCUGAUCAGAUGGUAGCUGAGAGUGGAUUGGAGACCUCAUGUCUUUCUGCUCCAAAUGGUAUCUGUACUGACUUCAGCCCUGAAAAUGCUGAAGAUAAAAACAAGCCCCUGCAGAAGAAAUGGAACUAACACUACAACUGUUAUCUUCCUCUCCUGGUGAGAGGAUUAUCUUUUCUUGGGAUUUUCAUAAGUCACUCCAAUUAUAUAGCAAAUACCAAUUUUGUGUGUGGAAGUUCUUCUACCUUAAUACUGUUCUUUGAUUCAUGUGUGCUAUAUUUAACAAUAUGUUUCAGGUUACUUGGGGAAGGUAUUUUUAUUUUUUUUUCCAAAAGGACUUUGAAAGGCAAAAAUGUGAAUGUGCUUCAUUAUUAAUGUUCAUAUUUAAAAGGAAGCAGCACUCUUAUUUAUAUUCCACUGGCUAGUUUCAUGUACAAAGUGUUGCACAAAUUGUGCAUGUAUAAAGAAACUGUAGUUACUAUGGUGUUAAGUGCACUUUGGUGAUUAGUGUUUUCCCUAGUUAUGGGGAUGUUUAUUUGGGGCCAAAUUUUGCUCUUCAUAUUUGCAUAGUCAGUUUAGUUUUCAGUGGGAUUAUGCCAUUGAGCAAGGCAAGCACAUUUUGGCCCCUUUUAUUUUAGUUCCAGUGAUCAGUUCAGAAACAGUCAUGCAAAAACUUGAUGAGGAUUACUUCUGUUUUUUUAUCGUUGAAUGACAAAAUUUCUUUUCUUUCAGUCUAUUCCAUGGUAGAAUGAAAAGGAAAGAUUCCUUCCAGAUGCAAUUAAACAUGAUUUUUUUUCCCAAACGGACAUGCCACAUGCUGUUUGCAAACAGAUGACAAAACUGUGCUUUUCUCUUACAAUCAACUCAUAUCCACCCAAUAUUUACAUGGCAGAUGUUUAUACAAUCAUAUUUAUCAGGAAUCAGGAUUUCUUUUGUGGCAAGUCUUUUCUUAUAUACAUACAGAUACUUGUAUACAUAGAUACAUCUUUCGUAAAGAUGACUUAUCAUGGAACAUACUAUAAAAACUUAAUUGUAUGAACACAAAUUUGAAAAGGUUGCAGUUACUCCAGAAGCUAGCAACAAGGCACGGAACAAGGAAUGCCAGUUAAAUAUCUACAGCAACAUUAGAUAUACUGUGUAUAAUAUACAUGAAGUCUAAAAUUUAGAAUUAGAAGUUUAGAAUUGGUGGAAGAAAAAAAACCAACAUUUAGUACUAACAUUUCUUAUAUUUCCUUUUGUAAAGCCAGAUGCCUUAAUUAUCAGUGAAGGUCUCAGAAAUUAAAAUUAGUGUAAAACCAUGUAGCUCUACUGAGGAAAUGAGAAAAAGGCCUCAAGGACUAGGAAGGAGAACUAUGUCACAAAAGAACUGUGGUGGCAGCUCUCCUUCCAGAUAAAAACUGUCUAUUUUCAAAUCAUUUAUGUGACUAAUUCUGCAGGCUGCACUAGAAUAUGAGGAUUUCAUAACUUGAAAACUGUCACUGAGAGUUGACUUCCACAUGUUAAUGCAAAACUAGAUUUGAAGGGUGGAAUUUCAGCAGCAGGAACUCUGUUUAUAACUAAUGCUUAUUCUUUUUUUUUUUUAAUAGGAGUUUUUGUUGUUUUUUAAAGUGCAUUUUAGUGUAUUGGAAUGCGUCCUUAGAAAUCCUUAAUUGUCUGUGAGAAGUCUCCAAACUGAAACUGGUUUUAAUAGAAUACAUAUAGGAAAACAUAAUGUAAGAGAUGAUGCUUUUUGGGGGGGUAUGCAGAGGUACAUUUUCAUUUCAAGAUAGUAAUUAAAUUUUUUUAUUUAUCUAGAUAAUGCAUGCCAGGCUGGCAGGGGUGCCACCGGUUGGCAGGCAAGAAUUAAACUGAAACCAGUAGUGGGAAGUCGUAGGCACAACUUGAAAUUAAGACAUGAGAGACUACACUUAAAUGGGAGUUGUCAGGUACACAGAGGGAGUUGUGGAUAACUGUGUAAAAGACCUGGAGACAGAGAUGGUAUUGAGCAUUGCUAACUGAAUACAGUUAACCAGUUGUUGCAGAAAAGAUGUUCAUCAUAGUGAGAUGCAUAAAGACUUGAAGCGUGUAAGAAGGGUGGUGGUAUUUGUGUUACCAAGAAUUGGUAAGGCCUUACAUAAAGCAUCUGUCUGUUUUGGGGCACUUGAGAAAAAUGAUGAGUGGCUGGAUGGAGACUGAAGGAAAGAAAAUUUUCAAUGAUUCUUUCAACAUCUUUAUUUAAUGCAGGGAGGGAGACUGGAGGAAGAUAUGAAACCAGUCUUCAAAUAUGGAAAAAGCUGCAAAAAGGAAGAUAAGAAUCUUUAUUCCACGUUCAUGGUAGAAAUGGGAGGUAUUCAUGUAAAAGACAGGAUAAACAUUAGAAAAACUGUCUUACAGCACUUCUAGUUAAGAUCUGGAGUGGGUAUUCUAGGUGGGAUGAGGAGCCUUCCUUCACUAAAGCUUUGAAAACAGGACAGAAAGCAAAGACACUGUUGAUUUUAUUGAUUAUAACCCCGAGGUUGUAGGGAUAGAUCUCCUGAGAUCUAUUUUCUGUGAUUAUAUGUUGCGUAUUUUAGUCAGUAUUUAAGGCAAGGUAGAUGAGCUGGAGAGUCUGAGCAUAUCACAUCCCCUCUGUAAGACUACAAGCAAACAGUGCUUGGCUCAAACUGGCUGUCUCUAAGACAGUUAUCUUCUGCGUUGUUAUGUAAGCUUGGGAACUGGAGGAUUUCAAACUGCAGGGGAUGAGACGGUUCUGUGAUGCGCUUCUCUGAAAAGAAGAAAAGCUUAGCAUCCCAUGGACAACUUUAGUGAGAAAAGCCCCAGGGGGGGAAAAAAAAAAUUGUUCUACAUCUGUGGGGAAAAAAAAAAGCAAGUUGACUGAAGCUGUGUAAAUAUGAGCAUGUUUGCUUUCUAUAUAUGGUGCUUGGGGUUCUAAAAAGGCAAAGAGUUAAUUUUGUCUCUCCUCUCUGGUGAGAGAGAUAUUUACUAGUUGUGGUGAAUGUAAUAACAGCAUGAGUGCAGUUAAGCUGUUGCAGAGCGUUUAGGUUUAAAGGGUGCUGCAGCUUGUGGUAGAUGGCCCUUCAACAAAUACAGCACUGGAUGGUGAAGAUGUGCUGGGAACUGCGUGCCUCAAUGAGCUCUAUUGAAAAAACCUGGUGAGCAGCAUCUUGGUGAGCAAGCAACCAGCUUCUAUAAUGACUUGCAUUUGUUCCUGCUUUUGUGAGAUUCAUCUAGGUAGAGAAAUAAGAUAAGGCAUGAAGUCCUGAUCAGUCUGCAUGAAAACUUCUUUAGACUUCAGAUAGUGUCAAUAAAAAAAUGAGUAUCCAGGGAAUUUCAGUGUCUAGAGUAUUCAAGGUAUAAUAAUGGGCUGCCUUGUAGUGACAGAAAAUCCACAUUAAUGUAGAGGAUAAACUCAGACUUUGUGGGUUGAGACCUGCAGUGCAUUACUGCAAUACUGUUCGCUACAAUUUGUCCAUCAAAUUCACCAAUUAAACUUCAGUAGUUCUACAGAAAAGGUGCCCAACUGUGGAGCCAGCUGGGUCAUGACACUCAGUAGCUUGCUGAACUACAAGGGUAGAAGUGAAAGCUUCCUUUCCCAUUCACCAUACAAUAACAUGUAAGUGCUUUCUAAAGUGUAAAGAUUUUACAAACCUUAAAUUUUCAGGGAAACAUACAUCAGUGUAUUUUACAACAAUUUGAUAAGUGAUCCUUCA